AUGGCUGCGAUGAUCAGCGUCAUGGGGAGCCUGCUCCCUUACCAUCUGCUGUCCUACGGCACCCUUCUGGGAAGCCAGCUGUUCCAGAGCUUCAUCAACACGAAGAUAUGCUACCUGGCGCUCUCAAAGCGCGAGUUCCUUCUGCUCCAGAAGAAGCUCUUCCCUGUCUACUUCGGCAGCCAAAUCGGACUGGCCCUCCUCACCGCAGCCACGCAUCCGCCCUUCAGCAUCCUGUCUCUGAUCAAAGACACGCCUGGCCUCAUUUCCCUUGCUGUGGUUGCUGGCACGGGGGCCUUGAACUACUACAUCUUUGGCCCAAAGACUACUACCACUGCUUUUGUGCGCCGCCAUGUCCACGACAACAAUGAGAACGCCAAAGCGCCAGUGGAUGAGGAGCGAACCAAGCGAGCUAACCGUGGCUUCUCUCGCGUCCAUGCUGCGGCUAUUCAUUUGAAUGCCAUCUCCAUGGUUUCGACAGUUUUCUACGGAAUCAACCUGGCUGCCAAUCUGCUUUCGAACAAGUCGACCGACAUUUGA